GAGAAUUUAAGAAAGUGUUUGUACUGGUUCAUUAAAGUGCUCGACUGUACGAAUAUGUUCACUUGUAAAGAAAAUGUUUAUAAGUCUGGUAAUUCUCGGAACAUUUUGGACUGAAUCGUUUGGCCUUCUGCUGGAUGGAAAUGGCCCCCGGCCGUCAUCCCAGAAUCAGCAAACCGUUGGCGCGCUCGAGGAGACCGGAUGGAGAAUGAUAUUCAGAGCCACUUCCGGCAAUGGCGCAGACGUCUAUCAGGCGUGGACGAAUGGUGUUAACAUCACAACCCAGAAGCCGACAACGAUGGAUCGCUCCUACGACCCCCACUUCCGGGACAGGGACGUAGAACGCUGGGACCAGCAGAACAUCCGGUACGUGAAGUUCUCGCUUUUCAAGCAGUCCGAGGAGGUGGGAUACGUCGUCUUUGACGGAACCGGAAGUACGUACAUGUCAUGGUUCGACAGGUCGCGCGUGGAGGCGUCCAGUUGGUCCGAUCUGACGUCAGCCAACACCUACAAUUUCUUCUCUAUUCAAGGUCACAUCGACGGCCAGAAUCUCGAGCGGACGUUCUUCAUCAACCAGGUUUACAACGGAUGUGACGCUGACGUCGGUAACGUGGUUGUAGUGGAGCAUGACGGGGGCUGCAAUUGGGACCAUCAGCCGCGCUACCCACAAUUCCUCUACUCCGACAUGAACGCCGCCGACAACUGGAACCGGCGGAUGUUUGGACGUGCCGACUAUCUCGCCAUCUUUAUAUAUGCUAAGCACUGAGUUUGUUAAGCAUUUGCUUAAACAAAAUAUUGAAUAAAACGGAUCCAACCA